ACCAAAAGAAAAAUGAACAAAAACAUUUCAUAUAUUUCUUCUUCGUUUUCUGGCUCGAAAUUUCUUCAGUCUGAUUUGAAGGCCAGAUUUCCGCCUUUUGUUCAAAUCGAUUCACGAAAAUAAUCUAGAGAGAGAAAGUAAUCAACAGGAUGGGAGGAGGAAUGGAGAUGCGGAAGAACCAUUGGAUCGAGGAAUGGGCAACGGCUAGAGAGAAUCUGGAGCACCAUUUCCGAUGGACCCGCCGCAACCUUGCCCUCGCCGGAAUAUUCGGAAUCGCCGUCCCCGUACUCGUUUACAAAGGCAUCGUCAAAGAUUUUCACAUGCAAGACGAGGAUGCAGGAAGACCACACCGGAAAUUCUGGUUUUAGGCAAUCCCACAAUUAUUUGUAAUAAAUUUGAACCAUUUUAGUGUCACAUUCUUGACUCUUUUUUUCUAAGUUGAACCAUUUACUCACAGCAUCAAAGGUCCAGAUUUUUCGGUUCUCUAUUUUAUUGAAGCGUUAUGUUGCAAAAUUAGGGGGAAACACAAGAACGAGGGGGUAAAAGAAAAAAAAAAAAA